CCAGUUUAUGAUAAUUUUUGGAAUUUGAGCGCACCGUUACAAGCAUUGCGUAACGAUGGCAAUUGUGUGGAUCCGAAAACCCGGGCUUUGUCACUCAGUCUGAAACGACCACGUUGGGGAACGUAUGUGUGCACUGUACCUAAUGAACCAAUACACCCGGCAAAUUUUAUCUGGUACCAUGUGGAUAAUGUGGAAUUCACACGUGGCAAAUCCAGUCCGGUCUCAUUCACACAUCCGAACAAUUUGCCAUUCAAAAUCGAAAACGAACACAGCUUCAACAAUCUGCAGGCCAAAGCUUUUCGUCAUCUGAGAGAAUAUAAAGGAUGGAAGGAGGAAGAAAAAGGACCAUUCCGAAUCACCACGCGGAUGUCUAGACUAACCAGUUACAUGGAUCGUUGUGGUCUGGCUGAAAUGCGUUUAAUACGACGAUGUUACGUGCGUAUCCCAAGCAAACGACCGAAAGCGGUGGAAAGAGAUGCGAUGAUGCAAAUGUAUGACGUGUUACGCGAAGCGUUCGACUUUCUGGUUGCUUUUCGUCUGACAAACACCUCGGCCAGUCGUCUCCAAGAGCAGAACACAAGACGACGUGUGGAAUCGUUGGGUUUCCAGUUACACGGGAACGGGACCUAUUUGUACAUUCCUUGUGAGUAUAGUCUAUUUAAACAUUUGCUGGCAUUUACCUCCAUGUUUCGUGGAUUUCCGAAAAUCAGUUAUCAUUUGGACGUGCGAUAUGAAAUACUGUGCAGUACCAAUCAAAUACAUGUUCACCAUCAUCUGGCCACUGUGAAAUACGAGUUUGAAGGAAGAAACGAAACAAUAACCGAUACGUUGGGCAAUUAUCGAUAUCUAAAAGCGGUACGACUUGUGAAUGAAAAUCAGCGAAAUUACAUACUGAGUUGUGCAACAAAAACCCGGCUGAAUUGUAACAAACGAAGACCGGAUGCGAUUUGGCGCGCGGGAACUGGAGUGACGUUUCAAUUUGUGAAUAAUUCCAGUGAGAAUAUCCGCAUUCAGCCGGAUUGUACAUUGCUGUUUCACAUCGUGCAUCUAUUCGAAGAGGACACCUAUUACUGUCACUUGAGAAAGAUGGAUGUGUACAAUCCGGGACAAAUUUGGGCUGUUGUGCCACGGAUUGCCUACCGAAUAUACAUUCAACCAGUUCCAGUACGCUGGCCUCAACGUGUCAAUCUGAUGAUCGGUUUAGUGAUUCUGAUGCUCUGGUCCAGUUUCAUAACUGGGAUCUGGGUUGUGCUCAACUGGUUUGACGCGACCAUCCGUUCAAAAGCGGACUUGGAAGCUCGAAAGAAAGAAGCCGGUGGACGAAAUGAAAUGCUCAGAAAGCUUUAUCGACCCCAUAUGGAUGAGGAUCGUAUACUAUUCUUCAAACUGAUAAAUGCAGCUUCAGGUCGUAUAUCUCAAUCAGAUGCUUCGAAAAUCUAA